CAUGUCACGUCACAUAAUUAUAAUGAUGGAUCUAUAUGAAAUGAAAUGAAAUGAACUUCAAUGAAACAAACAACACAGCAAAAAUGUGCAUCAUUGGUGAAUAAAAUACUUGAUUCAUUUGACACAUUGCACAACAAAAAUCAACUCAAUCAAUUGAUCAAUGGUCAUAUCUAAAUAGAUGUCUACGAUAUGAUUAUUUCAAGACAUUAUCGUUUUGAUUGAUUUCAAUCCAGGUGGAAGAGAAAAAAAGUUUUUCCGUUUCAGUCUUUUUCAAAAAUGGAUCUUUUUCUGUUACGCUUUCGUGAUUCCUAUACAUUAAACUUGGAAAAUAGAUCUGACGAUGAUGAUGAUGAUGAUGAUGAUGAUGAUGUAGACGACAAUCAUUAAUCACUUUUGAAUGUCUUGUUCGUCUUCUGCUUGUUGAAUGAUUUAAUCAUCAAUUCAGUCGAUUUCAUCAUCACAUUUUGAUAUUACCAUUUCAAUCAAAAAAUUUGAACCAUCUGAUGAUACUGAUCUCAACAAAGACAAACAGGAGCCGUACUCAUAUUCAAUGAAAUGAUGAAAAUGAUCUUUGACAAAUGAUAAUGAUUACAAUUUUUCCAAUCUCAAAGUUGAAAAAUUGAAGUUGUAAUUAAUCAAAAUCCUCAUCAAAUCAACAAUCGAAUGUUUGUGAUGAAUUCUGCCAAUGUAAUUAAUUUGUCUUGUGAUUAUCAUUCGUGAUUAUUAUUUUUUUUAGCCCAAAAAAUUGGAUUUAAAUUUGUCGUCAAUCUUGGUGAAUGGUGAUUUCUGGAUUUCAUGUUUUUUGACCGUUGUCCGGUUCAACUGACUGUUGUAUUUUCAUCAUCAUCAUCAUCAUUAAAUUUGAAGAAAAUCUAAUUUCUAUUCUUUCUUUAUUUUCGUUUCGUUUCGUUUCGUUUCGUUGUAUACAUCCGACAAUCAUAUUUGAAAUGUGUCGAAUUUGAUUUUUAUUAUUAUUAACAGAAGAAGCAACAAUGUCUUGGCGAAAUGAUGGCGAAAACAAACAUCAUCUAUUUUUGAUCAUCCAUUGAUUGUGUCGCCAUCAUUAUCGCAUCAAAGAAGGGAAAAAUUUUUCUUUCAUUUAUUUCCAACAUGUGAAUAAAAUAAUAAAAUUUCUCCUCUUCAUAAUGAUGUGCGAUUGCUAUUGUGCAAGUUUUUUUCCUUUUUUUCUCCAAUAAUUUUUGUUCAUUUCUAUUUUUGCCAAAACAAAAACAUUUCUUAUGCAUGGAGAAUUGUCAUUGGAAUAUUUGGUUUUGCAAUUAUCAGAUUAAUCAUCAUCAUCAUUUAUCAAUAUAUUGAUUACAAUCAAAUAAUGAUUCUCCAUUCCUACAUGAUAUUAUGAUGAUCAUUAUGAUAAUGAAUAAAAUAUACAAAUUUCAACUAGAGGACACAAUGUUGUUGGUUGUACAAUUUUCGUCAUUUUUUCCAUGUGUGUAUUUAAUUGGCUCUACUGUAUUUGUGUGUGUGUGUGUGUUUAUUUAUUAUUAUUAUUUCGUUGUUUAAUUUUUUAAUGGAGAAAAAAAAUUAACAUUUCAAAAUUGGCCAUUUCAUUUCAUUUCAUUUUUCUCUUUGGUUACCAAUUUAUUAAUGCUCUUUGAGUGUGUAGUUCUUGUUGUUUCGUUUCCAGUCAUCACUAGGAUAGUUUUUUUUCAAAGCAGCAAACAAAAAUUGAUCAGUUUUCUCGUUUCAAUUUGUUUGACAUGUGAUAAUGAUGAUGAUAUGACAAUCGACAUGAUGGCCAAUAUUGGUGUUGAAUGUGAAAAAUCAUCAGAUUGUAAAAUUGGCAACAAAUUUUCAUAUUUAUCAUCAUGUAAAAAAUGUUGCUUUGUAGUGACCAUAUUGCUAGCCAUCUUGUCAUUGAUUCUGACAUUUAUGUUUAUAUUUUUCUUUGAUUUUCUCAUCAAAAUUAUUAAUUUGGCACCUGGAACCACUCAUCUUAAUGAUACAAAUAGAAAUAUUUUUGAAUUGAUUGAAUCGCGUGGUUUUCAAUAUGAAUCUCAUUUUCUCAAUACCGGCAAUGGUUAUAUCAUACAAUUGGUUCGAAUUAUAAAUCCAUAUUCAUCAUCAGACAUAUUGCCACCACCAGUCUUUCUUCAGCAUGGCUUUCAAACUAAUGGUAACCAAUGGUUGAUUAAUCGAAAUGGUUAUCUAGAUACCAAUGGUGAUUAUUAUGAAAUGGAUCCGGAUAAUAAUGAUGAAUUAAUCAUCGAUAAAAAUGAAUCCACAUGUUCAUCACUUGGUUUUGUUCUUGCUAAUCGUGGUUACGAUGUUUGGCUAGGAAAUUAUCGAGGAUCAAUUUAUUCAACAAAUCAUACGACACUUGAUAUUCAUAGCGCAGAAUUUUGGUCAUUCUCAAUUGAUAAUCUGGUUGAUGAAGAUUUAAAAUCCACAAUUGAUUAUGUCCGUAACAUGACUAAUCGAAAAUCAAUCAGUUAUGUCGGCCACUCACAAGGAGCAUUCAUGAUGUUUGCCUUGUUGGCUAAACAUCCUGAAUACUCGGAUUAUAUCAGACCAUUUAUAGCCUUGGCACCGGUAUUCUAUAUGUCGAAAAUGGAACUAGGUUUAAUGAAUCUAUUUCCCAUGAGUUUAAUGGAAAAACUUUUAAGAAUAUAUCCACGAGAAUUUCCCAUGUUUCGUAAAUUGAUCAUCUUGUUGAGCAAUUGUUGUGAAAAUAUCCUCUACAAUCGUAUAUGUUUUGCAUACCUUCACUUGUUAAAUGGUUAUCGAUAUGAGGAAUCAUAUAAAGAUCGUGUCGGAAUCUAUGUGAACAACAUAGUGACCGGAUCCUCAUCAUGGAAUGUUGCACAUUUUCUACAAAUAAUAAUGGCCAAUGGACAACCACGUCAUUUCGAUUUCUUUGAUGAUCAACUGAAUGGCCAACAUUAUGAUGGCCGUAUAAGAGCGCCCGAAUAUAAUGCAUCAAACAUACGAUCACAACAUAUUGCCAUUGUUUAUUCACCAAUCGAUAAACUGAAUGCAAUGGUGGAUAUUGAAAAGUUGAAAUCAACUCUCAAUGUCAAAUUAAUGGAUGAUUAUAUGCUACCGGAGAAUGUAUCCCAUAUUGGAAUGAUUUGGUCAAAAGAUGCUGGUCAACUUAUAAACAAAAGGAUUGUACAGAUUUUGACACGAUAUUAUAACGAACCAUAAUUUUUUUCAUUCGAAAUAGAUAAUUUAAUAAUUCUAUUAUUUUCUCCAUUUAAAUUCCAUAAAUUUAUAAAUAACGAGUGUUUUUAUCUUGUCCGAAACUGGAAGCUUCUUUUUCAACUUUAAUUUAUUCACUCAGAUUCUCAGAUAAGACGACAACAGGUCAAGUGGCAGAGUAGAGAAAGACAGGAAAAUAAUAUGAUCAUUCCAAGACAAAUGAUGACAAACACAACAUUGUUAUCACGAAGCCAAUUACGGAACGGUCCUUUGAUCCAGUUUUUUAUAUCAUUGAAUAUAUUAUUACUUGUCGAUUUGGCUGCUUUAUCAUCGUUGGCUUUCAAAUCAUCAUAAUUUUCAACUUUGGAAGAAAUCAGAGACAAUGGUUCAGGUAUAGAAAAAUUUACAUUCGUCAUUAAUGUAACGUUCGAUUCUUGAGCCAUGAUCAAUAAUUUACCGGAUGGAUUGACAUAACAUAUGGUCAUCAUCAUCAUCAUCAUCAACAAAGCAAUCCAACACAAAUUACUAAUCAAUGUCAUGAUCAUCAUUGUAGCUCUUGUAGUAAUGAAUGAGAACUAUUUGUUGUUAAAUAUUUGUUCAAAUCA